AAACGUGACACGGACAUCAUGACAGUCUAGAAAAGUCUUGAAAAGUAUAAGAUGAAUUGUUUUUAUCUUUAAUUUGGCGAUUCGCUGUGAAUUGAAUUGAAAAGAAGUGAUUUCCAGACCCAAAUAUAUAAAAUGUCGACCGAGCCAGCGAAGCCCAAAAUUAAACAUGACUGGUACCAGACAGAUGCUCAGGUUGUGGUCACAAUUCUGAUAAAGAAUGCUCCCGCAGAUAAAGUAAAAGUGCAUUACGGCAAUAGAAGUCUAUCGGUAACAAGUGCGAUCCCCAGCUCGGAUUCAGAAUACAGCCUCGAGGUGGAAUUGGCCCAUGAGAUCGUACCAUCAAUGUCUUCCUAUAAUGUUACACCUUCAAAGAUUGAAGUGAAGCUGCAAAAGAAGGAGGGACUGAGAUGGACUGUGUUAGAGGGAGAAGGAAAGGAUGAGAAAGUGAAGGCUAUUCCACAAGCUGUCAUAGACGCAUCAGGUCCCCUGUCACAGCAGCCGCCGAAACUAUUUAGAAAAGAUUGGGAUAAAAUAGAACAAGAUAUUAAGAAAAUGGAAGAAGAAGAGAAACCGGAAGGCGACGCGGCACUGAACGCUCUCUUCCAGAAAAUUUAUGGUGAAGGCAGCGACGAGGUGCGCCGCGCCAUGAACAAGAGUUUUGUGGAGUCCGGCGGCACAGUGCUAAGUACGAACUGGAACCAAGUAGGCAAGGAGAAGGUGGACGUGAAGCCGCCGGACGGACUCGAGUAUAGAAAAUGGGAUAAUUAAAUACAUUAGUCGUAUUAUUAUAGUGUUACCAUAACAAAUGUUUGUCGCUUGACAUUUAAAUUUUUAAAAAAUAAAAACCUUACGGUUGACCAUGAGGUAUUUUUGAGUAAAUUUUAUUUUAAGUGAAUAAUUGUGAAUAUACUCAAUUUGCGCC